GUGCCUAGUCACAGCCGCGCUCGACGCUCGUCAGUCCACAGUAAGCCUGGGUGUGAACGAUACCCACCUACUGUCCCUCAGAUCACCUGUCAAGUGCUUGCAAUGGUUGAGGUAUUGAUUGGUCAAAUGAAAGUAAGAGACUGAUAACACAAACAAUGAAAAAGGCCACGAGUUACAGUUUUUAAAUGAAAUGUGGUGAUACGUCAGCUAAAAAGACAUUAGAGAUUUGUAUCUUCUUGCUAAAAGCAAGAGAACUGGGGAAUCCGUCUUGACUUUGUUACUUAUAAUCUGUGUGGUGAACCUAUGGUCACGGAUCAGACUGAAUGUGUGUUUGUGUGGAGACUAGAGUUGAUACUCACGGUGGUCGCGAGUCGCUUUUGUCUCAUAGGGUCACAUGUCUCAAAUUUUCAUCCGUCAUGACUUGUUGAGCCCCGAAGCCACAUAAUGCUAUCCACACAUUAAAAGUGAAUGUGAAUUCAUAAGAAUCACAAAUUUUUAUGAAGCCUUCUUAAAUCAAACUCAAAUAAAUAUUUUUAUAGAAAAUUUGUGUGAAAAAGGAAUCUCGAGGAAGUAUUGCCUUGGUGAUAUCAGCGGAAGCGCAUAUCUCGGAUAAAUCCUGGCUGGAUUUUCCAGUGAGCACGACUUGUAAGUAUCGCAUAACUGUCUAGUCUAGAAAAUUCGAUAUUAAUUUUGAAUUCCUUUGGAAAAAAAAGUAACUUAUAAACAGUAGCCAUGCUCCGAGAAGCUUCUAUAACGUACUCCAGCGUACCUCAAGAUGAAGACAGCAGUUCACAGUCUGCUUUUGUUACUACGCGGCAUGCCAAUAAGCCACACGAUCAGCGGGACUGCCAUCUCACAGCGAUCAUCACAAGCUUAGUGAUCAUCUGCGGUGUUAGCCUUGCUGUCAUUCUUCCAUUAGCUCUACAAUAUCGCUCUGAUGCCACUGGGCGCGGCGAAAUCCUGCAGCACCUGACUGGGGAGCUGGGCAAUAAUUCCAAAAACACAGAUCAAGAGGGGAAUGUGAAUAAUAAGCUGUCAGGACCUGCCUCUCACACCAUUGAAAGCAACAUCGAAAACUCUACGACGAAAACCAGUAUGGGACCUGCGGAGAACCAAGAAAACACGACAAAGAGACCGAUUAUGACGGAGAAACCAACCACUACUACAACUACUACCACUACAGCUACUACCGCGACAACAAAAACUCCAACUAUUGCUGCUACUCCUCCUCCUCCAGCCCCCACUAUUGUCCUAAACUUCACGAUCAUACCGUCUUCUGGUGCAGCUGAGAAACCUGCUGGUGGUGGUAAAGUAGGAACGGAAGGGAUCGGAGACGCUGGCCAGGCCUCCGGGAGCUCGGUCAUUGUUGGCAAGGGAAAUGGAAGCCAAGAGACGCCGAAUCCACCACUAUCGAAUACUGAAGCCCCGAUAAAGAAUGACACUAAAGAAGCCAUUCUCGAUGCUAUCUACGGGAAGAAUGACACGUCCAGUAAGCCGACCACUACACAAGUCCACUCCGGCUGGCUGGAACAGGUGAUGGCGCAGAACGACGCCGUGCCGCUGUUAGUGAUGUUGUCGUUGGGGGCCGUGGUAAGUGCGGUGGUGAUCAUAGCUAUCACCUGGCUGGUCUACAACCGCAUCACAGUACGCAGGCGCAGGAUCAACAUGCAGAGUAUCAUCACAGACCUGCAAUCCAGAGAUAAGGUCGUCCUCCUAAACUCUGAGGAGUCCGAGGAGGAGUAGUCGAGGACUUACCCUAGGUGUAUGGGGAACCUCGAAACUGCGGUGAGGAGAGAAUUAGUAGAAGUUAGGGGUAUGGAGAAGGAUCUAAAGAAGGUAAUCAGAUGGGGAGCGGAGAACUAUGAUAAUAAUGCGAUAUAGACGUGUAUCCGAGGACGGGGAAAUUGAAGACAAAAUUAAGAAUGGAAGAACAACCAGAAACAAGAGAUGAUGAAGAAGGUGAUGUUAGAAGUGGAUGAAGGAGAGUUAAGGAGACGAGGAGGUUCUUGUGGCAACUAUGAUAUGGCGAACAUGAAAAUUGCGUUUGAAUGUGCAGUCCUUCACCAUGACACCCGUCUCUUCCACAUCCCUUCUACACGUCUCUUUACCACGGUACCACGUCUCUUCCACGACACCACGUCUCUUCCACGACACCACGUCUCUUCCACGAUCUACAGCAGUCGUUGAGGAUAAGUCUUCGAAAACAAUGAGAUUUUCCAAGAAUACUUGACGUAAUUCCACAAUUAGGUUUUCCAAGCAGGAAAGUCCUCACUAUCACCCACUGUCCCAAUUCUCUGAAAUUUUUAAGUUAGAUAUUCAUCCGUUGUGUGGGAGGUCUGUAGCCGACUAUAGUGUUAAAACGCUAACCUGGCCCAUAAGUUACGCCCCUAUUCUAUACUAAUAGCUGAUUGGUUCAUAGAAAAUUCAAACUAAAUGUGUUCACAUUUGGUAGGCGCAGUCCGCGGGGAGGUAAAACGCUCAGGGGAACCAAUCUGUUAUUUGUAGCUAUAGACCUCAGCUACAACUGCAUAGCAGAGGCCAAAAGGAACUCGCAAUUACAGUGAAACUUAAAAGAAACUUAGAUAAAAAUUUUCAGUCCCUAGAUAAGGGAGGGAAAAAUUUACGUGAGAAUCUCUGAAAAUCCAUACCUAUACGUCAAAGGAAUUAUUCCUCUGCCGUGUCUGACACCGGCCUUUGAAAAGUCUUUGUAUGGUGCCAACGAGAAAUUAUCUGACUACUGAAGUUAAUGUUUGUGCAUUGAAAGUGUCACUUUUAUAAGGCUCUCACAGCCUUUCGACUUUUGAAUCAAUGCGUAAAACUACGAUAUGAUUUUGAAAUAAGCAUUAUGUUGUGUUGAGAGAGUACUGUACAGUAUUUACGAACUGCAUAUCUUAUUCUGUGUAUGUCUAGCUAUUAUGUGUGUUUUAUACCUGUUUUGGGGGCAAUAAUGUGUGUGUGUGUGUGUGUGUGUCCCAUAUAACUGUAAUUUGCUUUUAUUUGUUUUUAAGUUGAGUUUAAUAACAAUUAAGUUAUAAGUUAUGUUUACUCUUCAUACCUAUGUUGGUACUAGGGUGUUGUAACAGGUGCACAAGAGCUAAUAAGAAUGUAUCAGAAAAUGGAAUAGAGCUGUACGUAAAAUAAUUGCAUGACAGAUUUAUCAAAACAUUAACGAAGCAUAUAAAUAUUUAUCUUCAGCUCACGUUGCAAAUAACAAAAUUAAAAAUUUGUUAUAGAAAUUCUACGAGAAGCUAAUAUACCCCACAUACCUUUUUUCAUAGCUAUCUCAGCUUUCGUUAUUUGUAAUCUAUAACAACUUGCCUCUUACCGCUGUGACACAGAUUCGACCCAUUUGAGUCAUAUGUUAGAAUGGUGUCAAGUUUUCCCUGGCACACUUCUUUACCCCUGUAUUAACAUUAGAUGAUUAAAAACAUGUAGGAUGGCCGGUUAUCGUAAAUAAUAGAAUUCUAGGCUCUUUUUUUUUGUACUUUGUUACCGGACUAUCAUCGUUGUUUAUCUGCAAUCUACAUGCUUUGAUGGCCAAUCUAGUUCGUUAUCUCUUUAAGUCAAAAUUGUCACGUCCAUAGUCAAAUCACAUAAUAACUAGUAGUGUUUGCUCUUGUAAGUAGUAUUUGUCAACACGUGCUUGACCAAAGUGAACUGGGUUAAAGUUCUUACAUAGCCUAUAAGUGGUCACUAAUCUUACACUAUUUUUUAUCACAGGGUAGAAAUUCAUACUGUAUUCAUAUAUAAAUUUUCGCCAAGGAAUUGAUUAUUAAAAAAGAUUUACAAUGGGGAUCUAUUAUGUACUUCACGGUCUGUUGUUUUUAAUAAUAUUGUGUUUCAUUGUACAGUUGAUGAAUUCCUGUUAAUAUAAUAUAAAAUAAAAUAAGUGGGUUGUUAAUUGGUGGUAAUCACGGAAGUGUGCUGGCCUCACACCAUUGCAUUCCGCGUUCAAUCCUCCAACUUGGGAAAGAAGUGAGAAGGCUGUUAUCAGUGUAACUCUCUUAAUCAGGUUGCCUCUGGACUCUUGGUACGCCUCUUGUAUAAACGGGAAGAUCCGAACGUCUAGUGAGCUGGUAAGUGGUAAAAUAUAAAUUAAAAAUCCUUGUUACAAUAUUUUAAGAAUCCGAAACGAAUAACUGAGACUCUGGAUUUAGAUAAUAUUGCAUUGAAAACCCAAGGAAUAUUAUAAGAAACUGAUAGUCUUACGAAAGUCAAUCCCUAUUAGUUGAAUGCUUGUCCUAGAAAUGGUGCUGGUGGGUUCGGCUGUCUCGGAGUCGUCUCUAUCUAUGGCUCUGGGCUGUCCCAGAGCUAUCACUUUUUACGGCUCUAGACUGUCUCAGAGCGGUCUCUAUCUACGGUUGGGCUGCCUGUUUACACAUGAAAAGCUUCAACGUUGGCUAGGUGGUCUGGCGGUAUAAACAUAGCUCCAAACGUCAGCCACCAUUGUUUUGUUUGUGGGAAAAAUAAAGGAAAUAAUAGA